AUGAGUCGCCAGUUCACCUGCAAGCCCUUGUCCGCCGCCAAGGGGGGCUUCAGCGGCUGCUCGGCCGUGCUCUCCGGGGGCAGCUCGUCCUCCUUCCGGGCAGGGGGCAAAGGGCUCAGUGGGGGCUUCGGCAGCCGGAGCCUCUACAGCCUGGGGGGCACCCGGAGCAUCUCCUUCAAUGUAGCCAGUGGCAGCGGGCGGGCUGGGGGCUAUGGGUUUGGCCGGAGCCGGCCCAGUGGCUUUGCGGGCAGCAUGUUUGGCAGUGCGGCCGUGGGGUCUGCGGGUCCGUCUGUCUUCCCGCCGGGGGGCAUCCACCAGGUGACCAUCAACAAGAGCCUGCUGGCCCCCCUCCACGUGGAGCUGGACCCUGAGAUCCAGCGGGUGCGCGCCCAGGAGCGGGAGCAGAUCAAGGCGCUGAACAACAAGUUUGCCUCCUUCAUCGACAAGGUGCGCUUCCUGGAGCAGCAGAACCAGGUGCUGGAGACCAAGUGGGCGCUGCUGCAGCAGCUGGACCUGAACAACUGCAGGAACAACCUGGAGCCCAUCUUCGAGGGCUACAUCAGCAGCCUGCAGAGGCAGCUGGAGACGCUGGCCGGGGACCGGGUGAGGCUGGACUCGGAGCUGAGGACCAUGCGUGACGUGGUGGAGGACUACAAGAAGCGGUAUGAAGAGGAGAUAAACAAGCGCACGACUGCUGAGAAUGAGUUCGUGGUGCUCAAGAAGGACGUGGAUGCUGCGUACCUGAGCAAGGUGGAGCUGCAGGCCAAGGUGGACGCCCUGGACAGAGAAACCAAGUUCUUCAAGUGCCUGUAUGAGGGGGAGAUCGCCCAGAUGCAGUCCCACAUCAGCGACACGUCCGUGGUGCUGUCCAUGGACAACAACCGUAACCUGGACCUGGACAGCAUCAUCGCUGAGGUGCGCGCCCAGUACGAGGACAUCGCCCAGAGAAGCAAGGUGGAGGCCGAGGCGCUGUACCAGACCAAGUUCCAGGAGCUGCAGCUGGCGGCCGGCCGGCACGGGGAUGACCUCAAGCACACCAAGAACGAGAUCUCGGAGCUGACCCGGCUUACCCAAAGGCUGCGCUCAGAGAUCGAGAGCGUGAAGAAGCAGUGUGGCAACCUGGAGACGGCCGUGGCAGACGCCGAGCAGCGAGGUGACUGCGCCCUCAAGGACGCCCGGGCCAAGCUGGACGAGUUGGAGGCCGCCCUGCAGCAGGCCAAGGAGGAGCUGGCCCGGAUGCUGCGUGAGCACCAGGAGCUCAUGAGCGUGAAGCUGGCCCUGGACAUUGAGAUCGCCACCUACCGCAAGCUGCUGGAGGGCGAGGAGUGCAGAAUGUCUGGAGAAUACACCAACUCCGUGAGCAUUUCGGUGGUCAGCAGCUCCACGGCCGGGACUGCGGGCACAGGGCCCAGCUAUGGGUUCGGCGGUGCUGGCACCUACAGCUACCGGCCAGGCACCCUCGGGAGCUACAAUACGCUGUCGGGGGGCUGCGUCACUGGCAGUGGGAACUGCAGCCCCCGUGCGGAGGUCAAGGCCAAGCUGGGCAGUGCAGGCGAAUUCAGGGACACCCCAGCGAAGACCUCAGCCCCCAAGAAAACCACGAGAUAA